CGGCCUUUUACUUAUUUCGUUUCAUUCCUCGUCAAUUAUUUUCUUCAAUAGAAUUUUGUCAUUCUUAUUCAAUUCUGGUUUCCUUGCAAAACAUUAAUUUUUUAUUAAAAUGCGAGAAAGUGAAUCGAAAUCAUCGCGCCGUGAACGCGAUCGUGACCGUGGAAGGGAUAGAGAUCGAGAAAGAGAACGUGAUCGUGACCGCGACCGUGAUAGGGAUAGGGACCGUGACCGGGACCGGGAACGCGACCGUGAAAGAGAUCGGCACUAUUCGCGUAAGUACCAUUCGAAAUCAAGAUCGCCAUCCCGCAGUAGUCGUUCGAAGAAAAGCAAAAAAUCUAAAAAAUCCAAGAAAUAUUCAAGACGCAGUCGAAGCAGCAGCAGCUCAUCAUCUUCAUCCAAUUAUUCUGUUGCUAGUCGUAGCAGUCGGAACUCUUAUAAAUCUCGCUCGCAGGCGAGAAGUACCCGUGCACCUAGUUCAGAGGAGAAUUCGCGUACAGCAGCACCCGCUUCUUUGUCGGUUGCAACACUCAAAGGAAUAGAUGCUAUUGAUGCACAUGUCCGAAAAGCAUUGGACGCCAUUGAGGAAGAGUCCUUUCAGCCAAAAUCCUUUUUCAGCACACGGGAUAGAGAAGCACCUGAAAAGAAACCCUUAGCUGAUAAGGUCAUAAUUGAUUUGGAUUCGGAAACCGUGAAGAUGCCCAAGCUCACAGAUACGAUCAAAGAAAACUUGGUCGAUGAAAAAAUAUUUCAUCCAAAUUUCAUUGGUGACGCUGAUCUCAAGGCGGAAAAGUGGUUGCGCAAACUAUUUAAUUACCGGCAAAGAUAUUAUCAGGAGUAGUUUAAACUUAUAUAUGUUAGUAUAGGUACUAGGUACUACACAAAAAACAAUAAAUAAUAAAGCAUACUCUUUAGAAUAUAUCUGAACCGGUUUUACGUGCGCGUAUCAAAGCCUCGUCAGCGUUCAAUUGUUCUUCCUUUGAUGGAUUUAAUGGACUGCCAAUCUUCGUUUAGUUUACCCUCCUUGAAGUCUUCAAUGAUCUUUUUGGAAUACACUGCAUUAAACAAGUCCAAGCUGGUGAACUCCGAUUGUACCACUUCUGGCGCCUUGUAUGAGACAUAAGGCUUCAGUUUGCAAUCGGUUAAAUCAGGCACUAUUAACUCGGGUAUACGUUCUGGUAUCUCUACAUAUUUGCCGUCAAUGGUUACGCCGGUGUCCCGUACGCCGCGCUUGUCAAUAGGCACAGGUGGAUUGGCUAAAGUUUUUUGGGCUAACUUGACGCUGCGUGUGCCUCGCUUGUUGGGUGUGAGAAACUUGCGAAAAUUACGUUUGCCUUCAAGUGGAGUUGUUGUACUGAUGGUGCGGCUGCUUUUGCAAAUCAGCGGU